UUUUUCUUUUAGUAUAGGUAAAUCGUACGCACCACCACCAGCAAUUAGUGCGUUAGAAUGGGCUGUACGGCGUCGAAGCUAGACAACGAAGACACAGUGAGGCGAUGCAAAGACAGGCGCCGACUGAUGAAGGAAGCCGUUCACGCUCGACAUCACCUAGCCGCCGCUCACGCCGAUUACUGCCGCUCUCUCAGCGCCGCUGGCUCUGCUCUAUGCACAUUCGCUUCUGGCGAACCCCUUUCCAUCUCCGACGAAACCCCCGCCGUCCUCCUCCAACCCGCCGCACCGUCUCCGCCGACAACGACCAAUCUAAUCCCUCCACGUAUCCCUCAAUCUCCCUCCCCUUCUCUCCACCCUCCUCCUCUAUCUCCUUCCCCCUCUUAUCCAACAAUUGCUAGCUCCAAACUCCCUCACAUAUUCUCAGCUUCCAGCAUCCCAUCUCCCGCACCCAAUCGUCGCCGACCACAUAAGGCACCCCCGAAACUCCCUCACAUUUUGUCCGAAUCGAGCCCUUGUUCUUCUCCACAAAGCUCGAAAUCCGGUUUCUCCAACAACUUUUUCCCAACGACGUAUCAAGCAAAUGCCACUUACUCAACCACUCCUUCCCAGACUUCUUCCGUUUGGAACUGGGAAAAUGUUUACCCUCCAUCCCCUCCAAACUCCGAAUUCUUUAACCAUAAACAACACCAACGAAAGCAACAACUACUACCCCAUGGGCAUCAUCAUUUGGAUUCAAACUACCCUGAAGAACCGGAAGAUACCGAAACGGAAAAAUCAGAGUACGAUUUCUUCCGUCCACAUAACCCGAACAACCGUUACAAUAUCAAUUCCGUUAAGGGCAAGAGUAAUUUCGACGAAGAAACCGAAAGAGAAGAAGUGCAAUGCAGUGAAUGGGGAGACCACGAUCGUUACACUACAACGAGUUCAUCGGAGGAAGACGAGGACGUGGCAUCCAGAUCCGAGUUUGGAAAUCGCUCCGAUUUCGGUUCGUCAAUGAGAGGGGAGUCCAAGGAGUUACAUCAUCCUCGAAAUCAGACUCCUCCGCCAGUAAAGAUUCAACAACACCAGCAGAUGUAUGGGGCUGUCGCGGGGACUAAAAUGGACGGUAAGUCGGAGGAUGCGGGGUCGUCGGCGGGAAGUUAUAGAACGGGUGCUAUGAUGGAUAUGAAGAUGGUUGUAAGGCAUAGGAAUUUCAAAGAGAUUGUCGAUGCGAUCAAAGAGAAUUUCGAUAAAGCCGCCGCCGCCGGAGAUCAGGUCUCGGACAUGCUUGAGAUCAGUAGAGCUCAGAUUGAUAAAAGCUUCAGGCAAUUGAGAAAGACGGUGUAUCAUUCAAGUAGCAUGUUCAGUAACUUGAGCUCAGGGUGGACUUCAAAACCGCCGCUGGCGGUGAAAUACCGGCUCGACGCGGCUGCGCUCAAUGAAACGGGCGGUUCAAAGAGCCUUUGUUCUAGUUUAGACCGGCUCUUGGCUUGGGAGAAGAAGCUCUACGUGGAAGUCAAGGCCAGAGAAGGAGUAAAGAUUAAGCAUGAGAAAAAGUUGUCGGCAUUGCAAAGUCAAGAAUACAAGGGGAAGGAUGAAACCAAGACAGACAAAACAAAGGCAUCAAUAACAAGGCUGCAAUCACUAAUUAUCGUCACAUCUCAGGCUAUCUCGACCACAUCUACUGCCAUUAUUGGGCUUCGAGACAGUGAUCUUGUUCCACAGCUUGUUGAACUUUGUCAUGGGUUCAGGUAUAUGUGGGGGUCGAUGCAUCAAUAUCAUGAGGUUCAGAACAAUAUUGUGCAGCAAGUCCGUGGCCUUAUAAACAGAUCAGGAAAAGGUGAUUCAACUUCCGAACUGCAUAGGCAAGCAACACGUGAUCUUGAGUCAGCCGUCUCUGCUUGGCACUCUAGUUUCUGCCGUUUAAUUAAAUUUCAACGGGAAUUUAUCCACUCCCUCCACGGUUGGUUCAAGCUCACCCUUCUUCCUGUCAGCAAUGACAAUGGCAACGGCAGCACGGUGCCCUCUGAUGCAUAUGCUUUUUGUGAUGAGUGGAAGCUUGCUAUUGACCGAGUCCCUGACACGGUAGCUUCUGAAGCUAUCAAAAGUUUUAUCAAUGUUGUCCACGUGAUAUUCGUUAAACAAUCUGAAGAGAUUAAGAUUAAGAAGCGAACUGAAACUGCAUCGAAGGAGCUCGAGAAAAAGGCGUCAUCUCUCCGGAACAUAGAGAGGAAGUUCUACCACUCGUACUCUAUGGUCGGUAUUGGCCUUCCUGAUUCUGGGGCUGAUCACGGGCAGGUACUGGAUGCUCGGGAUCCCCUGGCAGAGAAAAAAUCCGAGCUCGCAGCCUGCCAAAGGCGAGUGGAAGAUGAGAUGUUGAGGCAUGCCAAAGCAGUAGAGGUAACAAGAGCAAUGACACUGAAUAAUGUUCAAACAGGCUUGCCAGGGGUUUUCCAAGCAUUGACCAGCUUUUCUGCCUUAUUUACAGAGGCACUUGAUUGGGUAUGCUCCCGUUCCUAUCAUAUCAAAUAGACGAAUACAUUUUUCCUCUGAAGAAUUUUUGAGGUUAAGUAGAAAUUUGUAAUAGUUGGGGUUUUUUCUGGCUGUUGGCUCUUACAAUUAUUAUUUUUUGCCCGGGGAAGCGUAAAUACAUGGGAGACGAUCUUUUUGUGGUUUUGCCAAUUAUCAAUUGUCAAGCAAUGGCAAGUGUUUGUACAGAAAAUUGCCUCUCAUUCUUCAUUCUUGUAUCCCAAAAAGGUAAAAGUUGCAAUUUCAGCAGAUGAA